AUGUUGAGAACUUGUAGAAAGUUUUCUUUGCUAUCCAGAUUGCAACGUGAACUGCCCAAAACAGAAGGCAUCAAGGCUAAAUUCCAAUUCAAGGGUAAUUCGAUCACAAUAGAACAAGCCAAGUCAUUAGAAGUAGGGACUAAGGUUGUCAUCAAUGGUUGGUUAGAUAGAAAACCGAAGAAGAUAGGGAAAGGUUUGAUCUUUGGUAACUUACGUGAUAUCGACGGUAAUAAGAUUCAAAUUGUUGAUACAAACUCAAAGCUUAAAGGUGGUAGUGUAGAAGAUGUAGUCCAAAUUGAAGGUAUAUUGGGAAUUAAAAAGGAUAGUAAUGAUAAUAAUUCUACAUUAGAUUCAGGAAAAGUUUAUGAAAUUAAACUUGACGACAUAACGACAUUAAAUAAAGCAAAUGAAAAACCAUCACAACUUCAAGAUUUUAAAAUAAAAGGCAACUAUCCUCCUGAGUACAGAUAUUUGCAAUUGAGAUUACCUGAAUAUCAAAAGUUUUUGAAGAAAAGAUACAAUAUAUCCACACGUAUUAGAGAGUAUCUGGCAAGUAAAGCUUUUACUGAAGUAGAAACACCAAUUUUAUUCAAAUCUACCCCAGAAGGUGCUCGGGAAUUCUUGGUACCAACAAGAAAGGAGUCUACAGUUGGAAAAUUACCAUUAUUUUAUUCCCUUCCACAGAGUCCUCAACAAUAUAAACAACUUUUAAUGGCUAGUGGGGUUAAUCGAUACUUCCAAAUAGCUAAAUGUUUCAGAGAUGAAGAUUUAAGAGCAGAUAGACAGCCAGAGUUUACUCAAGUUGACCUUGAAAUGGCAUUUUCUUCUGGUGAAGAUGUCAUGAAUGUAGUGGAAGAAUUAAUACCAAGUGUUUGGAAAGAAUUUGCUGAGUCAGGACCUUUGCUAACGUUGAAUGAAAAUGAUGAACUUGUAGAAGUCACCAAGGAACAACCAGCUAAAAGAAUGACAUAUAAAGAAGCAAUGACUAAGUAUGGUAUUGACAAACCAGAUUUGAGAGCACCAAAUUUACAGAUAACUGAUUUGUCAGAGUUUAAUGUUCAUAGUACUCAGCAUAAGAAUUUCCCUGUUUUUGAAGUUAUGGUAUUGAAAAAUGCUUUUAGAAAUAUAGAAGAUUACAAUAAAAAUUGGACUCAUUUGUCGAAUUCAGAUAAUUAUCCAUAUAGAACACCAAUAGUCGUUCCUAUUGCCGAUGAAGAAACUAGAUUGAAUUGGUUUGAAAAAUUCUUAACUAUUACAGAUAUUGAAAAUCCAAAAUUGGUUUCUAAUUUCCUAAAUUUAGAAAAAGGUGAUAUUAUCUGUGGUUCUACUAGAGAGAAAUCUGAAUCUUUGUUUGAGAACCCAACACCUUUAGGUAAACUACGUCAAUUAGUCUUGGAAACCAAAUUAGGAGUGGAAAAGUAUGCAAGCACAAGACAAGAUGUUGCAUCUUGGGUUGUUGAUUUCCCAUUAUUUUCACCUCAGGAAGUUGAAACAAUUCCAAAAGAUGGAACAAAAUUACAUUUCCCACAGUAUAAAGAGAAUUCAUUUACAUCAACUCACCAUCCAUUUACUAUGGUAAGAUUGCAGGACUAUGAAAAGUUAUCAACUGAUGAUCCAUCUCAAUGUUUAGGACAACACUACGAUCUUGUUGUUAGUGGAGUUGAACUAGGUGGAGGUUCAACUAGAAUACAUGAUCCAGAACUUCAAAAUUAUAUAUUCCAUAACAUCUUAAAAAUUAAUGAUCCAGAAAACCUUUUUGGUCAUUUAUUACAAGCAUUCAAAAUGGGAACACCACCACAUGCAGGAUUGGCCAUAGGUUUCGAUAGAAUGUGUGCCAUGGUCUGUGGAAGGAAUAGUAUAAGAGAUGUCAUCGCUUUUCCAAAAAGUAUAAGUGGUUCCGACACUGUCGUUGGAAGCCCAAGCACAGUCAAUGAAGAAAUACUAAAAAUGUAUAAUGUUGAGUAUUUCAAGAAAACAAAAUAA